AUCCUUGUUUAACAUUUGUGCUUCAUAUCUGAUUAUGCUGUGCAGACAUGCGGACGUGCAUCAGUAGUAUGGAUGCAUUUCUUUAUACGCUGUUAGUAGUCGCACAUUUCAUAUGUAAAUUGUAUGAUGCGAUCUGCGAGGCGUACAAUGCGGUGUGUCGGAGGUACACGGAGCCCUGGUAUGCGAGCACGACGGAGGAGCUCGACACGUUGCUCCGCACCAAUACGAAGAAGAUACCCAGGCACCUAGUGAUCAUACUCGGACGUCUCGGACUAUGUGACGAGUUUGUUCUGGACUGUGUUCGUAUAAUUGAAUGGAGCAUUACACUUGAUAUACCUUACAUCAGCUUCUUUGAUCGUUAUGGUUUCUUGAAGAAAAAUAAAUUCAAUCUUAAAAUAGAAUUCGGGAGAAAGCGACCUGAUCUAAUAGAGUGUAUUACUUGGGAUUCACACCCAAUGGCACGUCAAAAUGGAAUAAUUGAAAACAAUUCAAAAAUAAAUGUAUCAUUACUGUCGGAUAUAGAUAGUAAAGGAAAAAUAGCAACAUUGGCGCAGUCAUUAGCAAAAAUUGUGUCUUCGGGAAAUCUUGAUCUGGAAAAAAUUACGGCUGAACUAAUCACUGAAGAAUUAGAAAUAAAAGGGAUGCCUGAUCCCGAUCUUGCUUUAAUAUACGAUUACUCUUGUUCCACGCAUGGUGUACUACCAUGGCACACAAGAACGACAGAAUUUUUAAUGCUGCCGCUGUACGUUAAUAUCUCGAUGAAAGAUUUCACGUGUCUGUUGGGGAGGUAUAACAAAUGUGUACAACGGCACGGUAAAUGACAUGUAAUUAUCCUUAUUUAUACAAGAGAUAUCGCGUUGCGGUAAAAAGAAAUAAAUUAUCAUAAAAACUGAA